AACAUGAGGAUUUGCGUAUGUUCGUUUGCUUCUAUCUUCCUGUGAAAGCCCUUUAUAGGCGACCGAACGCAUCGCCAGCAUCACCCAGCCACGAUGCCCAAAUCUGAGCCGGAGGUAUUCACCAUCUGUGGAUCCGAGAUGGGACAGGUGACAGGAGAAGCCGACAGUUCCAGGAGCAGAGGUGACGGGCGCAAACGCAUCUACGAGCAGUACGUGCAGCCCUGUUUGGCCGAGUUUUUGGGUUCGACUUUGUUCAUUUUUGUGGGGUGUGCGUGCGUCGUGGGGAAUACCGCGCCCGGAGCGAUUCAACCGGCCGUGGCACAUGGAUUGGCGCUUUCGGUCGUCAUCAUGCUCUUUGGACAGAUCAGCGGAGGACACUUCAACCCCGCGGUGACCCUGUGCGUGUACCUUUGUGGGGGGAUGUCUCUAGCUCUUGUGGUGCCGUACAUUUUGGCUCAGAUGUUGGGAGGCAUGGCGGGGGCUGGCUUGGUUAAAGUCAUGUUCCCUCCGCUGGUGUACCAGACUGGUGUCGGGGGCGCCUUCACUCCAGAAGCCAUAUCUAAUGACCUCGGUAAAAUCACGUUGGCCGAACUUGUAAUGACAAUGUUUCUCACCACGACGGUUACCAUGGCAGCGGUGAAUGGGAAGACUAGCUCUCAGCUGGCCCCCUUCGGCAUCGGACUCACGGUCACCGCCAACAUAUUAGCAGGAGGGGGGCUGUCCGGAGCCUGCAUGAACCCAGCCCGGGCGUUCGGACCUGCAGUCGUGGCUAACCAAUGGAGCCACCACUGGAUCUACUGGGUGGGACCUGUGGCUGGAGCUCUGAGCACCGUCAUCUACGUCAGGUUAUUUCUCGGGGACCAGAAAACUCGUCUUAUUCUGAGGAAGUGAAGCGGUGAAGAGGCAUGUUGUUUUAUAUAUUGUAUGUAUAAAGAUGUAUUCACAGAUGUACUUUUGAGAACUGCAAUACUGCAUCUUGGGCCUAAUCAACCCUUUAAAAUGCUUUACCGU